AUGGACGUGUGGCGAGCAGAUCGGUGGUUGCCACGAGGCAUUGAAUGGCAUCAAAUACCCACCAAUUUUUACGACUUAGUCUUUCCACUCUACUUUGCUCUACCUCUUAUUUUAUUCAGGAUCUUUUUUGAGUCUUUCGUUGGGGUUCCACUUGGUUUUGCUCUUGGCUACUAUGGAAACUCAUCGCUUAUUCCGACGAUAUUUAAUCAUCUGACUGGAGGAUUUGCUCGACAGACACGUUCAAAACGGAUACUGGAGUGUUUUUGGCGAUUCAGCUACUAUACAUUUGCCUUCAUCUAUGGAUGUGUUGUGUUGUGGAAUAAGUCAUGGCUAUGGGACGUCAAACAAUGUUGGAUUGGCUACCCUUUCCAUCCUAUUGAUGAUAGCGUAUGGUGGUAUUACAUGAUCGAGACGUCAUUCUAUUACUCGUUACUGUUUGGCUCAAUAUUUGAUGUGAAACGAUCUGACUUUUGGCAAAUGAUUAUCCAUCAUGUCGUCACUAUUGGACUUCUGUCCACCAGCUUCACCAUCAAUUUUGUAAGGUCAGCUUCCUGA